AUGGCGUACCAGAUUGAAUAUGCCACCGAGGCAGAUGCCCCUGCCCUCGCAAGGAUCAAUAUCGAGAGCUUCCGGGGCCAGGGAAUUCUCAACGAUGUCUUCCCGGAGGCCAAUGAAGCUAGGCUGACGGACUACAAAGCGAUCUACGCCACGAAACAUCUGGCCAACCCGCAAAUGCAUGUUCUCAAGGUCACCGAUCCCGCCAAUGGAGAGAUUGUUGGCUACGGUCGCUGGUUGAUUCCAGCAUCGGUGGACUUUGCGGCCAGUCAACCGGCUCUGAGUGAACAGGCACUCGUGUUCGCUCAAGAUCCUAUCCGUUUUUCCCCACGGCCCAUGAACGAAGCUCUUUAUGCCGAGUUCCGCAGUCUACUGGAGGGUUAUCGCAAGAAACAUACCACGGAUCAAGAUAUGGUGUUGGACCUGCUGGCCACUCUACCGGUCCGCCAAGGGCGUGGAAUCGGGUCUGCCGUGCUCAGUUGGGGCACGUCAAAGGCCGAUGCAUGGGGUCGCCGGCUGUACUUGGAGGCCACGCCUGAAGGUCUUCCGCUAUAUCUCAACUCCCCGUCCGUGGAAGGAAAGCUUGGAUUCCUAACUUUCCUAUCGUUUACUGGUUUACUGACUACCCUCCACCAUGACGCCAAAGCCCAGAUUGGCCAUCCUGGACGACUACCAGGGCAUCGCCCCCCGCAUUUCGCCCACCUGGAGUCGCGCGUCGACAUCUCCAGCUUCCCCGAGACCCUCGAUCCCCGCGAUCCCGCACAGCACGACGCUCUUGUUCAACGGCUCCUGCCCUUCGACGUGGUGCUCGCUAUGCGCGAGCGCACUCCCUUCUCCGCACAAACCGUGGCUGCCCUCCCGAACCUGAAAUUGCUCUUGACCACCGGCACGCGAAACCUCUCGCUGGAUUUGCCGGCGUUUGCAGAGCGAGGGAUCCCCGUAGCUGGAACCGAUGGCCGUCCGCCCGGUGUGAACAGCACCGUCCAGCAUACCUGGGCGUUGAUCCUGGGGUUGGCACGGCACGUCGCGCGGGAUGACGCCGCGGUGAAACGGGGUGACUGGCAGGGUUCUCUGGGAAUCAAUUUGUCCGGCAAGACUCUAGCAUUAUUAGGACUCGGCAAAUUGGGCUCCCAGGUGGGCAAGAUUGCCAUCCAGGCAUUUGGUAUGAACGUGACCGCCUGGUCGGCCAAUUUGACGCAGGACAAGGCCGACGAGCAGGCCCAGGCCCAGGGCUUGCCCGCCGGCAGCUUCGUAGUGUCCCCGUCCAAGUCGGACUUUUUUGCCAACGCGGACGUUGUGAGUGUGCACAAUGUUCUUUCUGAGCGCAGCCGUGGUAUUGUCUCUGCGCCCGAACUGGCCACCAUGAAUCCCAACGCCAUGAUCGUCAAUACCUCGCGCGGGCCGCUGAUUGACGAGUUAUCUCUAUUGGAAGCCCUGAAUGCGGGGCGCAUUCGAGGGGCUGCACUGGACGUGUUCGAUCCGGAGCCGUUACCAUUGAAUAGUCCGUGGCGCACGACCGCUUGGGGCCGGGACGGACGCUCGGAGGUGCUCUUGUCACCGCAUAUGGGAUAUGGAGAGGAGGAUCUGCUACAUGGAUGGUAUCGAGAGGUGGCCGAGAAUCUGGAGAGGUGGUUAAAUGGGCAAGAGCUAUCACGGAAGAUGGAUUAA